AUUUGCUUUGCUGCAUCGAGAGUCGCUCGCCGCAUCCUCGUCCAUCUCUUCCCUGCGACUUACCGACCUUUUUCUGUCCCCCCAUCUUAUCGCAACCUCGUCCAAGAAAUUCUUUUUGUGACAUCUCAUCACUAUGGCGGACGAAGUUUAUGACGGUGCCAUCGGCAUCGAUUUGGGAACCACCUACUCUUGCGUCGCCAACUACGAUGGUAACAAUGUCGAAAUCAUCGCCAACGAGCAGGGUAGCUUUACCACUCCCUCGUUUGUUUCCUUCACCGAAGAGGAGCGUCUCAUCGGAGAGGCUGCAAAGAAUCAGGCUGCCAUGAACCCAGCCAACACCGUCUUCGAUGUCAAGCGUCUGAUCGGUCGCCGAUUCGAUGACCCCACCGUCAAGAAGGAUAUUGAGUCGUGGCCAUUCAAGAUUGUCGACCAAGGUGGAAACCCCAUGGUCCAGGUCGAAUACCUCAAGGAGACCAAGGUCUUCUCGCCACAGGAGAUCUCCUCCAUGGUUCUUACAAAGAUGAAGGAAGUUGCCGAGACAAAACUCGGCAAGAAGGUCGAGAAGGCUGUCGUCACAGUCCCAGCCUACUUCAACGACAACCAGCGACAAGCCACCAAGGAUGCUGGUGCCAUCGCUGGUCUCAACGUGCUCCGUAUCAUCAACGAGCCUACCGCCGCUGCCAUCGCUUAUGGUCUCGGAUCCGGAAAGACCGACAAGGAGCGAAACGUCCUCAUCUACGAUCUUGGUGGUGGUACUUUCGAUGUCUCCCUCUUGAACAUUCAGGGUGGUGUUUUCACCGUCAAGGCCACCGCAGGUGAUACCCAUUUGGGUGGUCAGGACUUCGACACCAACCUUCUGGAACAUUUCAAGAAGGAGUUCACCAGAAAGACCAAGAAGGAUCUUUCUGGCGAUGCCCGUGCCCUUCGAAGACUCAGAACUGCCUGCGAGCGUGCCAAGCGAACUCUGUCCAACGGUACUCAAACCACCGUCGAGAUUGACUCUCUGUUCGAUGGCGAGGACUUCAACGCCCAGAUCACCCGUGCUCGUUUCGAGGAUCUCAACGCUAAGGCCUUCAGCGGCACCAUCGACCCUGUCCAACAGGUCCUCAAGGAUGCUGGCAUCGACAAGUCAAAGGUCGAUGAGAUCGUCUUGGUCGGUGGCUCCACUAGAAUUCCCCGUAUCCAGAAGCUGCUGAGCGAUUUCUUCAACGGAAAGAAGCUCGAGAAGAGCAUCAACCCUGAUGAGGCCGUCGCAUACGGUGCUGCUGUCCAGGCCGGUAUCCUCUCUGGCAAGGCUACCUCCUCCGACACUGCCGACCUUCUCCUCCUCGAUGUUGUUCCUCUUUCCCUCGGUGUCGCCAUGGAGGGCAACAUUUUUGCUCCUGUCGUUCCCCGUGGCAGCACUGUGCCCACCCUCAAGAAGAGAACCUUCACUACCGUGCAAGAUCAACAGAGCUCAGUCGUUUUCCCUGUUUACCAAGGUGAACGCACAAAUUGCGAGGACAACACAAGCUUGGGCGAGUUUACUCUGGCCCCUAUCCCCCCUCUCAGAGCUGGUGAGGCUGCUCUUGAAUGCGUGUUUGAGGUCGACGUCAACGGCAUUCUCAAAGUUACCGCCACCGAGAAGUCCACUGGUCGUUCUGCCAACAUCACCAUUUCCAACGCUGUUGGCAAGCUCUCCACUGCUGAGAUUGAGAAGAUGGUCGAAGAUGCUUCGAAAUUCAAGACCUCUGAUGAGGCCUUCACCAAGAAGUUCGAAGCCAAGCAGCAACUCGAGUCAUACAUUGGCCGUGUUGAGGAGCUGAUCAACGACCCUGGUUUGUCAAUGAAGAUGAAGCGUGGCAACAAGACCAAGAUCGAGGAGGCUCUCAGCGAGGCCAUGCAACAACUCGAACUCGAGGACUCGACACCCGAUGACCUCAAGAAGAAGGAGCUGGCUCUCAAGCGUGCCAUGACCAAGGCCAUGGCCACCCGAUAAACAUCUCUGACGUCUUCUAAGAUUGCCCACGCCUCUUGACUCAACCAACCAACCUCCCACCUUCAAAAUUGCCAGACUUGUACUGCUUGUCACCAGUCCACCAGUUCAUUUUGGAAGAUUGAGACACGCAAUCACAACCACACACGUCGUCGUUCACGAAUCGGGUUAUGCCAAUGCAAUGCAUCAGUUAGCAUCAUUCCAUCUGUGGUCGGCGUCAUUUUCGGAUACACAUCAUCUUUCACCCAAGGCGUGGUCCAUCAAGUACCCCCGAAAAGUUUUGGGGAGAUUGUUUCUGAUGUAGAUAAGCGGCAACAAUUUCCCGCAAUGAUGUGUAGCCGAAUGAAUACUCUUUGUUGUUUCUAGUAUGGAUCUUUUGUCUGUGGUCCGUCUCAAUCGUUUAUCUUGGUAUGAUUAUCUUGUAAAAGCGUUGGGAGGGUACUUCGAGUGAUAGUGCCAUUUGUCCAGUAAAGCCUAUCUUACACGAUGCCACUUGGGUCCUACAUCCAACAGGGCCACUGUUCGCCGAAGGAGAAAGAGGUGCUUCUGAGGAUAGCAUUGACGUGGUCGAUGUCCUUUCAAGAGAGAGAAUCAAAGUACCCAAUGAAGGAAACACGAUGCGAGGCAGGUCAACAGACGAUCAGGAGCAGGUAGUUACAAUGAUUU